AUGUCGCUUAGCACUUUGUCUUCGACGGAGUUGUCAAGCCUGAAGUUUCUGUUGCUCAAAGCGCAGCAGUCUGGUGUGCUUGAAGAGCUCCUUACUGGCGUGAAAGCCCCCACGAUCAUUGGAGAUGGUGAUUCUGAAGCCUCCUGGGAUCCUCUCACCCAGGGAGCCAUGACCGAUGCCAGCAAGCGUCAGCUGUCUCCUCCGCCGGACGCUGCAGCGAAGUCUGGAAAGACCGGCGCAAGCUCCAUGGAAAGCUUGUCAGUGACAGUGACGGUGGCUCAGUGGCAUCAAAUGGAUGCAUCGGCUCAUGGACAGCUGCCCAGCCAGGUGCCGUCUUGCCGUCAAUGGGCACAGACCAUCAUCACCUUUGGCAAGAUGAAGUCUCAGGAGUUAAGCUAUUUGGAGCUGGUGUCGAGCAAGGACAUCGCCCAUUCUGGCUAUGUCAAGUGGAUCCGUGAACACGUGAGUGAGUCAUCCUCCGCUCAGCUCAAGGAUCUCGCCAAGUUCAUUGAGGUUUACAAUUCAGUGGUUCCAAUCAGUGGCCUCUCCGACCUGGUUCGUGCCGUGGCCGAUGUGGCGGACGCCAAGGUGGUGCAUCUGCAGGAUGGUGCAGAUAUGGACGUCGCAGAAGAUGCCGAUUUCUGGCAUUUGGUGGGAUUUCUGCAACUCCUCCGCUGUGCCAACCAAAGGCCUGCCAAGGAGACGCGCUUUGGCGAGCUCACGCCCCGGGGGCCCCGGGUGCCGGAGACGGAGUUCGUGCUCGGGGGCAUCGACAAGUGUGACGCGCAGGCGGAGUGGGAGCGAUGGAAGAAAUACAAGGAUCGGCAGAUCAAGCCUGAGCGCAUCGUCGUAGAAGAAGAAUUCCAGGUGGAUGGCGCCUUCGCGUUGUUCCUAGUGCAUGGUGAUCUGGUACCUUUAUCCUUCCGUCAGCGUUGCCUGGACUCAGACCUGGAAGAUUUGCAGAUGAAAGUGAAACGCCCUCUGUUGACGUGUCAGGUGCCCCGCAGCCCCGCGCGCACCCUGCGGCUGAGCGCCCUGCGAGCGUUGGUGAAAGUGACCGGCGCUCGACGCUUGGCGGCGCACUUCCUGCGGGAGAGGGGUCGAGGUUUGGGCGUGGCGCGGGAGUUCUUAGCACUGACCAUGGAGGCCUUCAUGACGGCCAAAAACGGGCAACACUUGGAGGAGGGUCAGGAGCUGUGGGACUAUGACAAGGAAUCCAGGACCUUUUGGUUCGCCGAGGACCUGAAAGCCUCGGCGCAGGCUCUUCAGCUCUUCCGGGCUGUCGGGGUGCUGAUGGCACAGGCACUGCUCACAGGAACCCGAUUACAGGUCUCUUUCCCAACCUUGCUGUAUAGCCUGCUUCUGCGACACCUGGGCGCCGUGUCCGUGGCACCUCCCGGCUUGGCGGAUCUGGCAGCCUUGAGGCCAUGCUUGGCCAAAGGUCUUCAGGAACUGCUGGCAUACGAGAAGGACGAUGUGGCCGAGGUCUUCCCGCUGGACUGGCCGCGGGGCGAGGAGCUGUGCUCGGGCAAUCGGGCGGAGCACGUCGAGGCCUAUGUGCAAUGGUUCCUGCGGGAGAAGUUUCGUGCCCAGCUGGAGCCCUUGUUGGAUGGCUUCAAGCAAGUGCUGCAAAACUGUGAGUUCCUGAAGACCUUGGUGAACGCCAGCCAGCUGGAGCAGAUGCUUUGCGGCGUGGAAGAGCCCUUGGACGUACAGCAGCUGCGCUUGACGGCGCGGAUGGAGGGCUUUGAUGAGGACUUCAAGGUCUACGUUUGGAAGUUUGGCCAGCUUCACUUCAACAAGUGGAACGCCCAGGCUCGGCUGAGACACCUGUCCUACGCAGCGCCUGUGUUCGUUGACAUAACACGGUCAGUGUACCAAGUCAACAACGAUGGUGAAAGGACUUUGAUCCAGGAGAACACGUACUCCAAGGUGUUUCUCAUGCGCAUGCCGAUCAUGGUCAGGACAGAGUAUUGCUGGCUAAAGAAUGCCAACGACCGUGUCCUCACUGAGUUUGGCGAGUGUCCCCUCGAUCAAGGUGGCUAUUUUAUCAUCAAUGGUUCGGAGAAGGUGCUCAUUGCCCUGGAGCGUAUGGCAAAUAACUUUGUCUAUGCCUUUGCCAAAAAGCAACCCUCCAAAUAUGCCUGGGUUUGCGAGAUCCGGUCUGCCCUUUUCGAAGGUUCUGCUGGCAACUCUGGAUUUGCUGUCAAGCUCCUCACAAACAUGGGUUCAAAGUCGUACUGCAGAGGUCAACUCGUUUGCACGUGCCCAUACAUCCGAACUGAGAUCCCACUCGUGGUCAUGUUUCGGGCACUGGGCAUCGUAGCAGACAGAGAUAUUUUGGAGCGAAUCGUGUUCGACAUGAGUGAUUUUGCCAUGUUGAAUGCGUGCCGGUUAUCCAUCGAGGAUGCUGCUCCAAUCUCUACGCAAGAGAUGGCUCUCGACUACAUUGCCAAGCGUGGACCCACCAUGGGGGCCACUCGAGAUGUGCGAAUUCAGUAUGCGCGAGAACUGCUCCAAAAGGAGCUUCUUCCACAUAUUGGGAGGACGCGCAACAUUGAAGGUCGCAAAGCCUACUUCAUUGGCUACAUGACCAACCGUCUUCUCCUUGGCUUUCUGGGAAGAAAUCCCGAAGAUGAUCGAGAUCAUUUUGGGAAGAAACGGAUCGACUUGGCAGGUGCGCUGGUCUCCGCGUCAUUUACUGGUCUUUGGCGCAAAACUGUCAAGGACCUGCGAAAAGUGUUGCAGCGUAUGCUCAACAAAGGCAAGGUACCUGAAGACAUCCAGGAGUGCUUGAAGCAGGCAUCCUGCUUGAGUCAAGGCAUGAAGUACCAGUUCGCGACCGGAAACUGGGGCCAGGACAAAGCUGGAAAGCCAGUUCGCACAGGCAUCUCACAGGGUCUGAAUCGGCUAACCUUCAUGGCCACUUUGUCUCAUUUGAGGCGCAUGAUCACACCUUUGGCCCGUUCUGGAAAGCUGGUGAAGCCUAGGCAACUUCACAAUACCCACUGGGGCUUGGUGUGUCCUGCAGAAACACCCGAAGGGCAGGCAGUGGGAUUGGUGAAGAACAUCUCUCUCAUGUGCUGGAUCACGCUGGGAGCUGCCCAGACUAUCAUAGAGGACUUCCUCGACGAAUGGGGUGUCUUGGACCUGAUGGAAUGCACUCCGGAACACAUGAAGACCUACUCCAAGGUCUUCCUGAAUGGCAUCUGGAUGGGAAUGCACAGGAACCCUGCUGAGCUGAGGAAUACUUUGCAGAGCCUCCGGCGCCGAAAGGAUAUUGAUUCUGAGGUCUCCAUUCAGCAGGACUUGAAGAACAACGAGAUUCGCAUUUCUUCUGACUGCGGUAGAUGUUCGCGUCCAUUGUACAUCGUAGACUACGAGAAGCAGAAGGUGCUCAUCAAUGGUCACCACGUGGAGAAGGUCAAGAAUGGCGAUUGGGAGUGGGGAACCCUCAUGCGUGAAGGACUGAUCGAGUACCUCGACGCAGAGGAGGAAGAGUGCUCGAUGAUUGCAAUGUUCAUCCAUGAUUUGGUGAAGACUCGUGCCUACUGCAAGACGUACACUCACGCAGAGAUUCAUCCAGCAAUGAUCUUCGGUGUUUGCGCAUCGAUCAUUCCCUUCCCAGACCACAACAUGAGCCCCAGGAAUGUCUUCCAGUCUGCGAUGGGGAAGCAAGCCAUUGGAGUCUUUGGAACCAAUUUCUACUCGCGGAUGGACACGUUCGCGUGCGUCAUGUGCUACCCAAUGAAACCAUUUGUUGGCACACGCUCGAUGAACUACUUGCGUUUCCGAGAAAUGCCUGCUGGAGUGAACACAAUCGUGUUCAUCAUGUGCUACACAGGCUACAAUCAGGAAGAUUCCCUGAUGUUGAG